UGUCCGGCAACUCCACCAAACAGGCAGAAGCAAAAAAAAAACGCAAAUAUCAUAACAAAGCAACCUAUUCAAUUACUUCACUAAUGAUAUCAUCGGAAUGCUAGGAUCUAAACAAGUUAUUCUUAAAUCCUUUGGUAAUAAAAAACCUGUUAGAAUAUCAUAUGGCAUUGUUGACAGUCAAUUUGGCGACAUCGUAUUGGGUUUCCUUAAAGAUGCGAAUGACGCUAUUUGCUAUUUACACUUUGCUAAAAGUGAAGACAAGGAAAAUAUAACAAACAAUUAUGAGUCGCUCCUGCAGAAACGUUGGCCAAAUGCUCUGCUCUUGGAAGACUUGAGUCAAGCGCGAGUUCUGGCGAAUAGAAUAUUUAGUGAAGAAGAAAUGAUUCUCAAUGUUGUCGUAUCUGGUACUCCGUUUCAAGAGGCUGUGUGGAAUGAAUUGUUAAAAAUACCCUCUGGUCAGACAUGUACAUAUGGAGAUAUCGCUAAUCGAAUUGGAAACCCUAAUGCAGUGCGAGCAGUAGGUACAGCUGUUGGUAGUAAUGAAAUAUCUAUAGUAAUACCUUGUCAUCGUGUGGUGUCAAAGAAUGGUGAUAUUAAAUAUGGAGGUGGAAAAACACGCAAAAUUCGUUUGCUGAAGUAUGAAUACGAAAAAUCACUAAGUGGAAACUAAAUUGAGGUAAUCUUGUACUUGUUCGAGAACAUGUUUACCAAUAAAGUAUUAAAAGUAUAAAUAAUUACAUGAAAUGUGUUAAUGUAAAUAGUAUUACAAUUAUCUUCAAGCCCUUCAUUGAAACAAAAACAUGUUUUAUUAAUUUGAAAUAUUUUAUUCAAUGUAAAUAUUUUUAUUUGGAUAUUUUUAUGGGGUUUAUUUAAUUCCGGAUUAGUAUACGCACAUAUUUACCUCUUAAUGUGGAGUAUAUAUUUUUAUGUUUGCAAAUGUUAUAGUCCAUAUACAUAUGUUUUUGUCUUAUCAUAUAUUUAUUAUUGUAUGUCCAAUUAUAUAUAAGCCGAGAAUAUAUAUUGGAUUCAUAAACCAAAUUUUCGAUAAUUCAAAUAACUUUUAAAACACAAAUGGAACAGAGCUACAUACAUUCUAAUGCAUGUAUGUAAAUGCUAAUUUCAAGUUUAUAUAUUUAACCAACGCUAAAUGUAUCGCUAUAACGCGUUAGUCAUUGUGUAAUGAAAUCCAGUUUUUUUUAUUAUUUUCAUGUUUAUUUUUAUGUGAUUAAGUAUUAUUAAAAACUAGCCUGAGACUAAAUAACUAUUCAGUAGCUCUGUUACAAAUCGUUGGAAAAUAAAAACUACAAAAUAAUAAAAAAUAUCAAUGUAUUUAUGAACAUAAGCGUAUGAAUCAUAUGAAUCACAAAAUCUGUUUCAUUAAAGCCUUUUAAUAAUACUCUAAAUGAGCAUUUUGAAAUACUUU